AUGAAAUUGACCUCAUUCCUGAUGUUCAGGUGGGCAGCAGCUCAGCAGCUCCAAGCAGCUCCAAGCAGGUCAGGGAAAAAGAAAGAAAACAGCCCGACACAUGCCACACGCGAUACUACAUUAGAGAAAAUCUACCUGUCAAUCUCCACAAGAACCUCUUCUGUCGAACGAAUCUCUAUCUGUUCCUCGAUCUCUAUCGUGGUGUGUCUCCGGGCUGUCUCCAACUCCUCCAACAGCCCUGGAAACCCCCCCGAAACUGCCCAGGCCUCGCUUCUCCGCCUUACCCGCCGUCACUCGCUCCCUGCGUCUACCACAUUCAGCACCUUCCUCAGUCUGUGGAGCGCCGAAAAUGCGAACCGGGAAAACCGAGAGCGCUCAAAUUCCUCUACAGCGAACGACGUCCAUCCAGGAAUUGCCAAUAACACCACAACGGGAAUGGGGCGUUGGGAGGCAAUAGACACAGCUGUUUCUAGAAAUGCCUCCCCUUUGCACGAGAAUGACGAUAUCGAAGACAUUGCGCUCCCAUCUAUUGACUCUUUCUCAUUCGAUGGGAUCUUAAAAGCUAUCGACCCCGCUGUCACGACUGCACUCGAUUCUGUGGGCAAGCUAUGCGAGGAGUAUCAGACGAGCUUACGAACUGAAGUUGAUGCGCUCACAGACGCGCAGGCUGAGAUUGACGCGAUGAUAAAGGAGGCGGACAAGCUGACUAGCCAGGCUUUCAAAACGACCAAGAUGCGGACCGAGAGAUUAGACGCGGAGGCUGUGGGGUUGAAAGGAGGCUCUACAGCAGAUGCGCUUGCCGCGGCCGCAGAGGCCACUCACACAUCCCUCACAUCUAUCAUUACGACGCUGCUUGCAAUCGAUGAGAUGCUCCCUGUGCAGGAACGCUUAUCACCACUCUCGUCUGCGCACAAGAAGCACUACCCACGGUUACACACACUCCUCGCCGACAAAGCCCACGAGAUUGAAGUCCGCUUUCGGAAUGUCCGCUCCCCUGAGAUGCGCCCCGUCUCGCGGCCGUUGUCCGUUCAAACAUUAAUGUCCCGCCUGGAUCUCGACCUUGGCGAAUCCUCAUCCUCCCGGACUACCAUGCACCCAUCGUCAUCAUGGUCUCCCCGGCGGCGCCUAUCAACGUCUUCAACGCUGCUACUCAGCUCCCCAACUGUCUCUAGGGCGAGCACGUCAUAUACUCAUAAUCGCGGUAUCUCAAGCCCGCAUCUACAACUUCGCACUAUCCUCCCAAGUCCAAGCAACGAGCAAAUCAGCGCGAGCGGCAGCUAUUUUCCCAUUGCGCCCAAAACGGCGACGGGGGUGAGCUUGACCAGUCCCAUGUACACCGCACAGCAGCAUCUCGAAGGCAGCAUCUCACCCCGCCCUAUGUCGCCGUUGAUGUCCCCGCGGCGGCCAAGUGGUAUGUGGUCAAGACGGGCAUCGUCGGGAACUUUGGCUGCGUUCAUGGCCCGCGAGACAGACAACUCGGCCCUUUAUCCUUCUCCAUCCAGCGGAAGCGAUAAAGACGGUGGGGGUACAAGCCCAGUAGGCUCCAAUCCGACAAACUCAAAGCCGCCGAGUACGUGGCGCCAUAGCGCAGGGAGUUGGGCUGGAUUCUUCGGCGGGAGGAGCAGCAAAGGAAGUAGUGAGGUGUCGAAAGGCGUGAGCGCGGAGGAGCGAUUGAAGAUGCUCCUUCAGGCAGCCAGCGAUGGGAACUCAAGCUCUUCUUCGAAAAAAAAAGGGAAGGGUAAAGGGGUACAGAGAUGA